AUGACUCCGGAAGAAAGUCGUCGGGAGCGCGAGGCACGGUCGGUGGCGCUGGAGAAGGCCUACGUCCACGAUGUCUAUGACCAAAUUUCCUGGCACUUCGGCACCGACCAGGCCAGAGCCUGGCCUAAGGUCACCAAGUUUCUGGAGGAUCUCGAGCCAGGGUCUCUGGUCGCUGAUGUCGGCUGUGGCACCGGCAAGUAUCUGGCAGCAAACAAGCAAAUUUUCAAGUUGGGGCUCGACCGAUGUGCCAGUGUCGCUAAAACUGCGCGACAGAACAACUUUCAGCUGCUGAUGGCCGACAACCUGUGUCUGCCACUGCGAGACGAGAGCUUGGACGCGGCUCUCAGCAUCGCAGUCAUCCAUCACUUCGCGACCACCGAGCGCCGAGUGCGCGCUAUAAGAGAACUCGCCAGGAUACUUAGGAUCGGCGGCCGACUCAUGAUCAGCGUGUGGGCCAUGGAGCAAAAACAUAGGAAGUUCGAGUCACAAGACGUGUUGGUUCCGUGGCGGCGUCCCGACCAUCUCUCGUCCAGUGACGACAAGCCUUCGUCGGGUCCCGACCCCAGCGACCACACCAGCGCCGGCCUCACCACCACCGACGAGGACGACAGCACACAAAGACCACGGCGCUCAGCGAAGAAGCGUCCUACUAAGAGCUGCAGUUCGGCAGGUCCAUCAAACCUCCCUUGCACCUCGUGCAGCUCCGGAGCCUCCAUGUGUCGGGACUGUGGAGCCAUUAUCCCGAUGACUAACUUCCCGGUAAAAAAACCUCGAGGAUCACUUCAUGCUGGAGAAACAAGUUCGAGUCCUCCGACGACUACAGACGAUCCAGGGGCAUCCGACCCGUGCCCAUCAUGCGGGUCUAGAAGUCGGCUGCUCUCGUGUGAAGUGGCAUGUCCUGGUGGUCUGUCUUCGUCGCACAGCUCGUCAGACCUUAGCAGCCCCAACGAGUCGUGCUACAGCUUCGUCAGGAGAGCCCUACAGAAACUGACGAGCGGUCGACGAGGUUCAUCUGGUUCGAGUUCUUCGGGGAGAUCUUGGUUCCUGCCAGGAAACGGGUUUCGAUCGGAGGAUUGGACGAAUGGCAGCAGUGGAAGCAACCGAAAAAGAAUGCCAUUUCGGCGAGGAGGUUCUACAGAUUCUCAAGAAAACUUGGAUGAUGUUCCAAUCGAACUCCGUCACCUUGAACCGGAGGACCCGGCUAUGCUAGACAUCCCACCUUCUCCUGCUGUACAUAGCGGGUUUUCAUACGCUAAUUAUGAUCAACUCAAAGAUGUAAAAUCCAGGAGUUUGACAGAUUUGGUAAAAACAACACCUCCAAGACAAAAUUCCGAGGUAGGUUUCGGCAGCUCAUCGGACUGCUUGACGUCAGUUGACAGCCUGUCGAAUGUUAUUAGAUCAAAGUCAAGUUCUUCAUGUUUAUCAUUGUCGUCUCCUCUAUCGGCGAGCGGAGUGAGUGCAGCUAGUAUCGACAGUUUUCAUACUAAAGAUUCACUCAGUUCAGAAAAUGUUAGAGAAGCUUCUGUUAUGGACUCACCGAAGUACGCCGCCUUGCACAGCAUUGACAGCGGACUUGAAAUUGAAGCUCCUCUUGCGACUUCAAGAAAACGACCAACACUAACUAAGCAGAAAACGUCUAUCAACGAAUGUGAAUUAGAAACUCAUAUACUUAUCGAAAUAAGCAAGCCCGAGAAAGUUACCGAGCCCAUUAGAACAGUUUCUGAAGAUGUCGUUGAAGAUAACAAAGAUUAUUUAAGUAUUCCGAAAGGGUUAGGGAUAAUAAAGCAAAGUUCAUUAAAUGAUGAAUUUAUCUAUCCAGACCGGUUCAUGGAAAAAGAGAAGAUAAAACAAAGCAUUCAGAAACAAAGCUCCUUGAACGAAGACUUGAUUUAUGGAAAUAAGGAACAGAAACACGAAUCUUUGAAAGAUAUUCUUUUUAAGGCACAAGUGAAAAGAUUUCAAGUCAUUCGUGAAAGCUUUGAGAAAUUAAGAACAGCAAGCUUAGAUCGUUUCGAAAAGGAACGACCAGAUUCACUUAAAAAUGGUAUUGUAAAACUGCUGCAAUCGUGGAGAAGUGAGCUCAUGCUUGGCAAAGGAUUAAAAAAAGAUGGCAAAACAACUGAAUGUGAAGCCUCGGAAGCCACAGCUGAAACCGUCAGAGAAUGCAACAUCAUUCAAAAAUUGUUGAGACGCAGCAGUGGAAGCACGGAAUAUGACGAAAGCAGAAGAAAUAGUUUUGAUGACAAAAAGUCUGGUGUUUUUGAACCAGGAGAAAGGAAAUCAUCAAGAGAAGAUGGUUCUGAUAGCUCUAAAGAAAACAGUUUUCAAAGUGACACGAGCAUUGACUCUGAAGAUAGUUGCGUGUCAGUAAUUUUCGUUCCAAAACCUGGUCAGCCCACUCCGGUCAGCAUCAAUGAGAGGAAUCGUUCUUUAUCUUCUGAAUCGUCUGAGGGCAAUGAAAAUCCGCUGUCGCCCAAAUCUCCGAAAUCUCCUAAGUCUCCUAAGUCUCCAGGUGCAACUGCUUGUGCCGGCGGCCCAUCUAGAUAUUUUCCUCCUGGGCGCUUUCUUGGACCAAAAAUAACUCCAAAACUUCCAUUGGGAGUGCCUUCUACAUUUUCUUCUGUGUUACCUGGAUGUUCAUCUUUGGAUGUUAAAAAAAUAAGUCCGCCUUCAGCUGAAAAAUCGUUGCAUGUUUCUAACGUAUCUGUGAUCUGCCAGAAACCUUCGUUAGAGAAAGCUGAAUUCUUUUUUACUAAACCCUCUCCACCAACGUCAGAAACUUACAGAGAGUUGUUUCGUCAAAAUUCUUUGACCUCCCAAGCCAUCAUCGAAGAUGUAGUCAAGAGUGCAACCAAUGCGUCUGGACUUUCUUCAACAAAAAUCACAUGUCUUCCCCAUCAGAAUAGUGGAAAAUCUGUCUUGGUGACACAAAGCUUACAUUUAGGUAGUUGUGACACAAUGAAUAGAACUUCUGUGGUUCGGAAAGAGUCAGCAGCUUUAACAGUUAAUUCAAAAAGUCAGCCGGAGAGUAGUGGCAUCGGAGGAAAGUCGUCUUCUGUUGAUGGUUCAAGCGCUUCCUCUUUAUUCUUGAACUCUGGUGCCACUGUUCCACAUGUCGCAGUAAAACUUUCUCAUAAUAAUGAAUUUAACCCAAUUUUAAAGAGAGAUCCAAGUUCCACGAAACAGCUAUCUUCUCUGCUUCUAGGAGAGAACGUAGAGAUCAUUCGUAAGCCUGCAACGGCUGGAAACCGAGAUGUACAAAUUGUUAGGAAAACAGUGCCUCGCUAUCUCACCUUCGAAGUAUUUAAUCCUGAAACUGAUGAUUUGGAUAGCGACAACUCUUCUUCGUCUUCAUCUUCAACAUCAUCUCCAAGUACCCACUCAGAAAGUUCUGUAAUCGAAAGAGGCUGGCCGACUGAAAAAGACAUCGAAGAAUUGGACAAGGAAAUUAAAAGAUGCGAGGAAGAAGAAAAAAUAAGAAAUAUGCAGAUUUAUCAGGCACUGGAAUUAGAAGCUUUGGAGACGAGCCUCCACUCGGCAGAUGCUCCGAAGAUGUCGUUAGUCGAGCCAGUACACAAAAUGGAUACAAUUCGGGAAGAGACUCCAGGCAGCAGCAGUGGAAACAUUACCAGAAAACCUCGAGGACUUCCAGUUCCUCCUAUCAGAAGUCCUCAAGUUUCCAACUCAGAACAUCCUAUGGUGUCCCGCGCGCCUUCCCUACAUCCAUCAUCAUCAUUAAUUCCCCUCGAAACAAAACUCUACUCCCAAUUUGGUCACCGAUCUGCUUUAUCUUCAUCGAUUCCUCCAUCUGUCAAAAGUCACUCCCUGACAAGUUCUCCACAACUCAGAGGCUCUUCAAGUGGGCAUGUCAGCAGUUUGAAAGCUGCUGAGUACAACGGGAAACAGGGAAACACACCUCGUAUUUCAGAGCACAGACCUGUAGAGCUUCGUACUGUUCAAGGUCUUCAGUGGAAAGACAAUCUGCAUCCCUUGGCAUUCAGCACGCUAAGUUCUUCAAGUCACAAGCCCGUUGGAAUUGACAAAAAUUUUAGGUCUUUGGAAGGUUUGAGUUCAGAAUGCUCCUCUAGAAUAUCUUCCGCUUCUUCGCCAACUAGACAACUCAGUUCUGCACGGUCAGAGUCGAGGCGAAGGAGGGCCGCCCAGUUAAAAGGGCGUUUGAAUAUCGUUGGUUCAGGCAGAGGUCCCAUACCUCUGUCGAUACCUGGCAGCGGGAGAGCGCCGAUCUCAAUCAGUGGCAGGAGUUCCUCGACCAGUUGUGCUUACUCUUCGGUCCGCAUCAAUGCUUCAGGACCCAGAAGAAACACCAUCAACGCAAUUCCGAUAACGGUUCCAGAGCCGACGUCGACCUUAGAUCCAGCAAUGGAAAUAUUCUCGCCGGAAGACCAUGUUUCGAAAAUAUCAGUAGUUACCCCGCCCUUUUGUUCAGUGAAAAAUGACGUCAUUUUUCGACCAGAAAUUGAUGAUCUGGCAGCGGUGGAACCUAAAAGGCAUAAUUCAGUAGUGAAUGAAUCAGGUAGGGUUUGUCUAGAUCGUAAGUCUAGGGUUAAUAAUACUUUUCAGAAGCAGAGCUCGUUUGAACUCCCAUCAAUACUUCAAAACUUAUUUUCUAGCUCUAAUGCAACCUCAGUCCCAAAGGAUCCUACGAUUGAUAAAACUUCUAGAAAUGAAGGUAACUUCUCUAGUCUAGCCUCUCUUUUUCCAUUAAAGCUCAGCCAGGAAAAUCUCACAGUGGGAAUUUCUCAUAUUUCACAGUCGUGCGAUCAACGGCCUAGAGCCUAUUCACUAGAUAAAUUCAAGUUACAUAAAAGUGAUAGCACAACACCUUUGAUACAGUCCAAGGAGCUGAGUUCACAGAAUCUUGAAGCAUUUGAUAAAGAAAAUGUCCAACCCAAAACUGAUGUGAAUUUAAUAGAAAAUGCUCCAGAAUCAAGACAAGAAAAUCGUAGAGUUAAGACAGAAAAUGAAGUUCAAAAACGUUCUUCGGAGAAACCAGAGUGUCAAGUGUGUGCCAAAGAAGCACAAAAGCGUCAAAAGCAGAGAGAAGAAGAAGCCGUUGCCUUGCAAGUGGCAAACGCUCGUCGUUUGGCGAAGCGAAGAGAAACUUUCAAGCCACAAGGUUCUUUGGACUCGGCUCAAAGCGACCGUACGUCAACAGGGUCUGUCAAGGGAUGGUCACCGUUCCUGACUCGAAGUGGAUCACUAGACUUGGAUAUAGAUUGGCGGGAGGACGGUAGAAAAGUAUCCAGGAAUGGUUGGGGAGCAGGGGAUAAUUCUCUCUCUACUUCCCAGGACUCCCUACAGUCAGACACAGGUGGGGGCGCUCCAACACUGCAUCGUUAUUAUCACGUCUUCAAGGACAGAGAGUUAGAUCAACUUAUCGAAAAAUAUGUUCAAAACUUGCACAUCAUCUCGUCGUAUUAUGAUCACGCUAACUGGUGCAUUAUAGCCGAAAAAGUACAGGUUUGGACCAUAUGAGCUUUAAGUACCUCCUACAUAUAUCAGUAUCAAUCUAUUGCUUGAACUUAAUUAGUUAUGAGUGUCUAACGGCAUAGUGUAAAUACAUAGCAACUGUGGCUACCUUACAAAAGUUUAUCGGUGAGUUAGGUACAUUAGUGUAUAUUUCACAGUGUUCGUAUUUUUUUAAUGUUUUAGUCACUGAUUUAUACGUAUAUUGAAAAAGUCAUAUCAGUUAAAGGCCUCAUUGCAAACCCAUCUGCAAAUUAGAAUCAGAUGCCUUUAGUUUAGUGUUUCCACAUUCAGAUAUUUAAUGUGAUAUGUAUUUUAAUUGAUUGAAAAACUAUGUGUGGCCAAAGCUUGUUUCUGACCACGUUAGAACCAACAGAGAUGUUUUACUUAACAAUCACAUUGCUCUGCGUAGCCUCACGAUUAAUGAUGUCAUUUGACUGGAAUGCAAUGAAUUGGAAGACUAUGCGGACUAAUUGAUUUUUUUUUAUUUCGUAUCAACUGUGGGAUUCAGGAGGAUGUGAAGCUUGCAAAGUUUCCCCACUGCGAAAUAUUUUAAUUUUUCCCGCUUUUCAGAUAAGGAAACGAAUGUUAUUUUCGACACUGUCCACAAGUUAUCAUUUCAAAGUUCUAGGGAAGAGGGAAUUCAACAAAUAAACAGAUCAUUAAUUAGCUCGAAACUAAAGGCCUAGAAUUUUAAUUGAGAAAAACUCCUCGUAUUGAUAAGAAUAUCUUGAAUGCGCUUCUGCAAAUUUGAUUCAUCUAUGCACCAAUGUUGUAGUCAUUUAAACUGAAUAAAUGCAACUUCUGGACCAAUUUUUAACGAGCGGGGGAACUUUUUUUGUCUUGGGGCGAUAUUCUACUAUUGAAACACACAUCGAUUCCACAAAUCCAUCAGGUACGACAAAUCGCACUUAUAAAUAUUUUUAUUCAAAAUUGCAUUCAUAGUGAUCGUUGUAAUUUUAUGCCAACCACUUGAACAGCUUAUAAAGAUUUAUGCAAUUCUAUUUUGAAUAUGAUUUAUAUUUAGAAAAGAUAUGACUGACAACGAUGCCACAGAUUUCAAACUUUAUCAAACCCAAAUUUUUGAAGCAGUUUUUUCUGGUCGAAUUUCAUUUUUGGUCUCUUAUUCUAUGAAGGAAAUUUCAACAAAAUGCAGAAAGAAUGCAUGAAAAAUGCAUGACGAAUGGCAAAAAAUCCUUACUCGUGUAAUAUGCGUGUAAGAACGGCUGAAUGAGGUAAAAUUUUUUUUUUCGGUGGUUUUCAAGACGCAUUUCUGGUUAACAAUUCUGUUCCGUUAACUACUGCCAGUGACAGUAAUAGUUUUCCCUUUUAUUUUAAGAAAAAGUUACUU